AUGAGCGGGAUGUUGCGACGUCGCUACGCAGGGAAUAUCCAACUUCACAUUUGUUUCUUAGAUAAUGGAGUUUAUGUUCCCGUGUGCCUCAUCUCAGAUACAGCAGUUGUUACUCCUCCCAAUUUCACAGUCAUCUAUCAUCUAGUUUUCAUAUCGAUAUUAGUUUCAGGGCGGAGUGUAAUAUGGGCGGGCGGCUUUACUCAGCGGAUCGUAUUCAGUUAAUUAUGUGAAACAGUGUUAAAUGUUACUGAAGAACCAAGGUUUUUACACAUUUGCCAUGUAAAAAUUUCAUGCGAUAUUUCGAAUUGAUACCUACAUAGGUAGUUACUAAUUCCAGAACAGAUUCGUUAAGACUUUUAUAAAUUUUUCUUCAGUUGCAGUUGCGUAGACACUUUAAACAGAAAAUAAUUGAGUGAUUUCAAUGAUGAAUAGUGGGAGAGCCCGGGUCCCAAAGUGCGCCCGUUGUCGAAACCAUGGACUCAUCUCCAGUUUGCGAGGCCAUAAGAAGGCUUGUGCAUAUCGUCUGUGCCAGUGCCCUAAAUGUGGGUUGAUUAAGGAGAGACAACGGAUUAUGGCAGCCCAGGUGGCAUUAAAACGCCAGCAAGCGGCAGAAGAUAAGAUAGCUUUGCAUUUGGCUUCUGUGGAAAGUGGGACGGCACUGGACAGCUUGCCUCCAGGUCGGAUUUAUGGCAUGCGAGUCACUGGCCCAUGUCCAAGUCCUGGACCGGAACCAGACUCAGUCGCCGACGAUCAUACCCCAAUCCACAUUGACAGCGAAACGAGUGAUUCUCUCCCAGACUGUUGCACAGUCUCACCAGACUCCGCGGGAACUUCCUCAGCAUCGUCAUCCUUGCGUGUAGGGGAAGAGGGAUCAGAAAGUGAGAAUGCAGUAAGCACAGCCGGCCUGGAGAUGCUACGCAAGUUGUUCCCCGGCAAGAAGCGCUCUGUUCUCGAGCUGGUGCUCCGACGAUGCAACCACGACCUGCUUCGAGCUGUUGAACAUUUUAACGCUACACGAGACCAACGAGACAAGAUACCAGGCAUGAGCACGGGCGGUGGUUAUGAAGCAUCCGUGUCUAGUUCUGAAGAAGUCGAGUCGAGGUGGUCGGCAUUCCGACCAGUAGGUCCUCGAGCUCCGAUCUUACCGGCUUUGGUUAUGGGCCGAGUGUGCGGUUCUGAUUGGCUGAUUCCAAUGCCAGCGUUGCCUGCGCUGUCAGGUCCUCUCCUCCUGCCUUUACAACACCCCCACGCACCACCAGCCCCUUGCAACCCCUGCUCCCCUGAUUGCAGGCAAUGCAAUCAUCACUAGAGAACCCAUCAUCGAUACUAGCCUCCUUAGAACUUAGCAUAGUUUAUUUAUCCUUUCGUGUCAAAAUCGCUGCCAAACCAUAUUUAAUGACAAAGAAUUUGUACUUAAUUCAGCUUUAGGUAUACGUAUCAUAUCUACUUUUGUUUAAAUGCUGUUGUUAUUAUUAAAUAGUAUGUUUAAAUUA